AUGCUGACUAGCAUUUGUGUCUCCAGAGAAGAAGAGGAACGUCUGAGAAAUAAGAUCCGAGCAGAUCAUGAAAAGGCUCUGGAAGAGGCUAAGGAGAAACUGAAGAAAUCACGUGAUGAGAUUCAAGCUGAGAUUCAGACAGAAAAGAACAAAGUAGUGCAAGAGUUGAAAAAGAAAGACAGCAAGCCACUGCCCCCUGUUCCUUUACCAAAUCUUAUAGGGGUAAACAGUGGAGAACCAGCAGACCUGGAUAUCAGAGAGAAGAGGAACAAAAUUAAAGAGAUGAUGAAGCAUGCCUGGGACAAUUAUAGGCAAUAUGGAUGGGGACAUAAUGAACUCAAACCAAUUGCCCGGAAAGGACAUUCCACCAACAUAUUUGGAAACUCACAAAUGGGUGCUACCAUAGUAGAUGCAUUGGAUACUCUUUAUAUCAUGGGGCUUCAUGAUGAAUUCAGAGAAGGACAAGAGUGGAUUGACAAAAAUCUUGAUUUCAGUGUGAAUUCAGAAGUGUCUGUUUUUGAGGUCAAUAUUCGCUUCAUUGGUGGUCUUCUAGCAGCAUACUACCUUUCAGGACAAGAGGUUUUCAAGAUGAAAGCUGUGCAACUGGCAGGAAAACUUCUUCCAGCCUUCAACACACCUACGGGUAUACCAUGGGCAAUGGUGAAUCUGAAAAGUGGCGUGGGUCGAAACUGGGGCUGGGCUUCUGCUGGCAGCAGCAUCCUUGCUGAGUUUGGUACUCUGCACAUGGAAUUUGUCCACCUCAGCUAUUUGACAGGGGACCCUGUAUACUACAACAAGGUCAUGCACAUUCGGAAGUUACUUCAAAAAAUGGAUCGUCCUAAUGGACUUUAUCCAAAUUAUUUGAAUCCAAGAACAGGCCGGUGGGGUCAGCAUCACACAUCCGUGGGCGGACUGGGAGACAGUUUUUAUGAAUAUUUAUUGAAAGCCUGGCUUAUGUCAGACAAGAUGGACACCGAGGCAAGGAAAAUGUACGACGAUGCAAUUGAGGCCAUAGAAAAACAUCUCAUCAGAAAGUCCAAUGGAGGACUGACCUUCAUUGGGGAGUGGAAGAAUGGGCACCUUGAAAGAAAGAUGGGCCAUUUGACCUGUUUUGCAGGGGGAAUGUUUGCCCUUGGAGCAGAUGGUUCCAGAGAUGAUAAAGCUGGACAUUAUUUGCAGCUUGGAGCUGAAAUUGCACAUACGUGUCAUGAGUCAUAUGACAGGACAACAUUAAAGCUGGGUCCAGAAGCAUUCAAAUUUGAUGGUGGCAUAGAGGCGGUGGCAGUGCGGCAGAAUGAAAAGUAUUACAUCCUAAGACCAGAGGUGAUUGAGACCUACUGGUAUAUGUGGAGAUUCACCCACGAUCCCAAGUACAGGCAGUGGGGCUGGGAGGCAACACAG